AUGGCUACGGCAGUUGCUUCUUUGUUUGGAUACAGACCCUCUUCGGCAAUCAAGAAAUCUCAAAAUGUUUCAGAUGAGUCUCUUAAAGCACUUCCAGCAUCUUGGUACCGCUCACCGGAGAUGUACGAACUGGAAAGAAGGGCUAUUUUCUCCAAGAAAUGGAUCCUGAUCACUCACAAGCUACGCUUCUCCAACGCCGGCGACUUCCUAAAGGUCGAGGAAGCUGGUUUCUCUUUUGUCUUAUGUCUUGACCGGGAAGGCAAUCUGAAUGGCUUUCACAACAUCUGCCGCCACCGAGCAUUCCCUCUCAUAUCAGAGACGGAUGGCAAUGCUAAAAUCCUCUCUUGCAAGUAUCACGGCUGGUCCUACGGCCUCAACGGAAAGCUGGCCAAGGCACCCAAGUUUGAUGAAGUCCCAGGUUUCGAGAAGCAAAGUCAGAGUUUAUUCCCAGUACAUGUGCAUAUCGACAAGCUAGGCUUUAUCUGGGUGAAUCUGAACGCAUCUCCAAAUCCAAUUUCCUGGGAAGAAGACUUCAAGGGCGUGGAUGAGCAAGAACGAUUCCAGAAAUUCGACUUCAGCGAAUACAAAUUCGACCACACUUGGCAGAUGACUGGCAACUACAACUGGAAAACCCUGGCGGAUAAUUACAAUGAAUGCUACCAUUGUACUGUUGCUCAUCCCGACGUGGCUAAUCUGGCCGAUCUUUCAUACUACUAUACCGUCUCAACACCUGGACACAUCCAGCAUUUCUCCCGACCGCAGGAAGGGAAAGUGGCGGAGGAUAUUCAGAAUGCCAGUACUUAUUAUUUCCCAAACGCGUGCAUGACUGUCUCGCCUCACUUCUUUUACAUGAUGCGAUGCGUCCCAACAUCUGUUGGAACGUGCUCUAUGGAAUAUGAAGUAUAUCGACACAAGGAAGCCUCAGAUGAGGACUUUGAGUAUAUCGAUUCCUUCUUUAAGCGAGUUCUGGACGAGGAUAAGCAUCUUUGCAAUGCAGCGCAAAAGAACUUGAAUGCUGGGGUAUUUGUCAAUGGUCAAUUGCAUCCUCGUCUUGAAAGUGCCCCGAUAUACUUCCAGAAUACAGUUCGGGCUCUUCUUGCUUCUCAUAGGAACGAGGAGAGAAGUGAGAAACGGGAGAUCUGGCCAGCGCAACAGCAUUCGGCAGGACAGGCUACUGCAGAGGACAUUGAGUUUUGUGCCGGUUUAUCAUGCUCUGGAGGGAAUGGAGAAUUGGAAUGGUAA